AUGGAUUUUAUCCUCUCUCUCACGCACUUCUGCGAAGUGCAUGGCCCUACUUCCAUCAUCUGCUCGCAGGUUCUCCCGUUCGCCUGCUCACAAUGUCACCCCGAUGCCGAGGCCUCGCCCGAUACCACCUCCCACUCUCCGCGAGAGCCUAGAUCGCCCCAGUCACCGGGCACCACCUCUGAACCCUCAGUAUCGCGAUCACCAAAGAUCGAAGAUCACCCAUACUUCCUACCUUCCAAACAGCAUGCAUCCCCCGAGGAGCGAUCAAACCGAGUCGGCGGCACGGAUGGCGACACAUGCGCCAGCUGUAGCUUGUCUCUCCCCGAAGACGUGAGCAGACAGCUGCCAUCGGGUGCACCCGGCAGUCGUGACGCCAACGGUACCAGCAACGGCAGCCCGGUCCUGCGAUCGCGCGAAGUCGUUUACUCCUGUGGCAACAGUCACUCUGACGUGGAUGACGAUACCCCGGAUUCCCACACUCACGCCUCUCCACCUGAUUCUCUGCGCUCUGCCUCAGUCGCAUCCGAUGCAUCAUCAUGUCACACUCAUAUUCUCACCUAUCUCUCGCUCCGCGGUCCCCCCAACCCGGCCGACUACGCCCUCCUCCGCCGCUCCUCGAUCCGCACCCUCAGCUGUGAGUUACUGCCUCGCGGCCUGUCAUCCGGCCCUCUUUGCUUCGGCGACUCCGUAGCUGGCUACACGAUCGCCUUUAUUUUCCGCCUCCCGGACCCCAUGGCACGCGGCAAGCGCCGCAGUUACGCCUUAGUGGCUCUCGCCGGGAAGGACGCCGGAAGAGCAUUCCGAGCCUGUCCCGUCAUUUGGCGCGCAUUCGGGCGCAUCGCCUCUGGCAUUGUCAAUGGUGCCGAGCGAUUCCAGGAAGAAGAGAAAAAGCGUGAGGAACAGAAUAGUGCUGCCGCCCAGUCUGGUGACCAGCAGUACACCCCCAUCUCAUCAUUCCUGACCGGUCGGGCUAAGGACCUGGCCGGCCAGCCCCGUCGCCUUGGCCAAAUUCGUGCACGAAAUCUGGCCGAGAUCGUCGGCAACGAAUACAUUUUCACCGAGAUUCAUGCGCACUUUGUUGCGCUGCUCCAGCAGCUGGGCACGAUGUUCGGCGGUAUGCCUAUCUCCGAGGACCGAUUUGUCUGCAGCACUGUCGGCGACGAGGAGAGCGCUACCAGAAUCCAGCCUGUCGUGUCUCGUGGCACUGAGCGUUCCCAGAAACGCCAGUCAGUUUCCAAAUAUGACGGCAAUGAUCUCGACAUGACUAAACUUGAGAUUGCCUCCGGGCCUCAGCCGAUCCCCAUUACCAACACCCGCCGGUCAGUCGUGGCCUAA